AAGUGUCAAUUUUUUUUCUCAUUGUAAUAAGAAUGUCUUCUUCACUUGAAUUAGGAAAUGAUCAAUUCUCGGAGGCUAAUAAUGUAAUUCUCAUGUCCUUGAUGGAAGAAACACAUGAAUUUGAAGAUGAAUACUUUGGUGAUGAUAAACUUGUAAGUAUGAUUCAAUCACUUGAAGCAGAGAUUAGUGACACUCAAAAUUAUGACAUGGGAGGAUAUAUGGAUGGUCAAGAUUGUUCCACGUCAUCAUUCAUUGGUUCUGAUCAUUGGAUUGAUAUGGAAUUGAUCUCUUCCUCACCGUUUGAUGAGGUGAAUGUGAAUGCAUGGAUCCCUCGUGAAAAUGAGAUGGAGCAUGUGGAAAUGGAAUAUGAAGAUCAAAAUUUCAUUGAUGAUUUUCAAAUGUGCUGUGGAGUUUUCAUGGAACAACAACAUAGAGAAACUUAUAAUUUGUCCCAAGUAUCAAAUGAUGCAGUAUUCUAAAAUUAAGUAAUUGUAACAUUAUUUAUAUAAAGAAAAAUAAACAAUCACUGAAAUUGUCACAAAUUUGUGAAGGCGAGGGUCCUAGAAUACAUGUAACAAACAUGUUCAUUUCAAUUAAUCACAUUAUACGUUAAUGGUAU